AUGUCGCGACAUAAGACUGUCGUCGAACAGAAGCAGCAGUUCUUACAAUCAAGGAAGCAGUAUCUGUCUCGCGGUAUAGCGCCUUCGGAGAGGCUCAAGCAGAUCGCGCAUGAAGGCGGUGUCGAGCUGAGUGUGUUGAAGGGCGCCGUGGACAAAGUCAAUCGAGAGCUCAAGCAGCACUCACGGCGUGUCUACAGCCGGCAAAUGACCGAACAUGUUGUCGAGCAAAUAGACACCUUUUACUGGGACUCCGGUACCCGCAACGUUGACGACGAUGCGGUGGAUGCGACGACGGACAUGACCGAAGACGAAAACGCGAUGUAUCUGAACGACGACCUUACACAAGAUGUAAACAUCGCCCAACUCCCCACACGCUGGGAUACCUUUUCCGACCCCUCUCCCUCGUCACUUGAGGAUCCUAUCGACCAAGAUGACUAUCUGUCUGCGAUGACGCGUCUACAAAGUCUCUCUGCUCAGCGUCUCACUCUCCAACAGAAACUCAAUACUUAUCGCACGCUGCUGGCGCUGCUAGAACCAUACCGCCAGCCGAAGGACAAUGUGCAGCCAAACCUGGUAUGGAAGGACAGUCCGCUUGCGGGAGAAUUAGGAAAGAUGAGGACGCUGGCUAUCAGGGUCGCGGGAAGAGUUGGGGAAAAGUUUGUGGAUGCUCAAGUUCCUGCUACCGUGGAGGAAGAUAUUGCCGUGGAAGAGGAUGGUAAUGAAAAGGUGAAGAAGGUUCUCGCGAAUUGGUAA